AACAGCUAUCGCACAGCCAACAAUACAGCAGCAGCAGCAGCAAAACACCAUCUUUAAAAUGGGGAAUGAAAUGAAAAAGCCGAACGAUUAAAAUGCGAAAAUUUACUUUUUAUUUGGCGUGUGAUUAGAAGCAGGAACAAUUUCAUUGCGCUCCAAUGAGAAUGAAUACUUAAGCCAGUUUAAAUACUAAAGUGAUGAUGGAAUGGUUUAAUUUAGCUGGUCUUUUUUCUCCUCUCUUUCGCAUAAGUAUUUAUGACACCAACAAAUCCUAUUUGAAUUAAAUGGCAAUUUUUAAUCCGUUUGAAACUUGGUGUACAUUUUGAUAUGAAUGGCAAUUUUUGAAGGGUUGAACAGAGCAAUUGCGUACCGACUGUGUUGGACAGUUUGCUGACGAAUUAUAAAUUGAAUUUUGUAUGAAAAUACGAUUUCAGUUGGAGAUGGCAUUUUUGAUGAAGCAAUAUGAGCGCCUUAAUGAUUCAUUAAUAUUUAAUGCCACAAUGAGCUUCGCUUAAACGGUAUUAUGUUUGUUUUAUUAAUAAUGGAUGACAUAAUAAGCUUAAGUGAAGAAUCAUUGUCGAAAGGAAAAAUUCAAUCAACGUCGGACAUGUACUCGAUGUUUGUCAUUAAUUUCAAAUCACUUUAUUUUCCACAUUUAUUUCAAUAAUUCAAACGAGUGCUCGAACGCCAUCUCUUGCACACAGAAACCACUGGGAAAGCAGUAUACAGCUUUUCCAGAUUGUGGACGUCGACAGAAGCUCCGAGAUUUCUCGAAUAGCACUUCCAAAGUUUCCGGAAUUUUAUGGAAGUUCUUUGAAAAUGAUCAAAACUUCAAAAAAGACUCAUUGUCAUAUUACAAAUUGUGAGAGACAAAUUUUGGACAUCCAAAUUGUUGUGACUCUUGAUAAUGUCAGUUUCACAAAAAGAAAUUUGGUUUCUGAACAGAAAUGCUUGGAAAAUGUUUCUCGAUUCAUCAAAAUCGACGGAGAGAAAUUGUUGAAAUGGCAAGAACAAUUCAAUUCUAAAUUACCAACUUAACAACUAGCAUUCUGAGCUAUUUCCUGAUAAUGCAAAAAUUAAAACGUAUUCCAUUGAUCAAAAUAUGUUGAUUUCAUUUGAAAAAUUGUCAACAUUUUUCCAAUAAUUUUCUGGGUCAUAUUUUUUGAUUUAUAAUUUGCCAUCAGACAAUUUUUCAACCGAAAUUCUGCACUAAGUUGUGUCAGUAUUCCAUUUUCAAUAAAAAUUUUUUUAUUUUGAAUCAAAAGUUUGAAUGUGUUCAUUUUGCAAUUAUCACCAGACGGAGGCACAAUCACACACACACACAUAGCUUGUGACGUUUUAACUAAAAAAUGUCAAUAUUUGAUAGAAACAAAAACAUUGCAUACUACAUUGAACACUUAGGAAAUUUGAAUUUAAUAUGGAUUUGAUGCAAUUGCCACAUUUUGCUAUUUUAUCGGGUGUUUUUGGAACGGCAGCCAGCGUCUUUGGCAAAUUCAUAUCAUAUUCAGAUGAAUUUAUUGACAACAUACCCGUUGAUACGAGUCAAGCGGAAUUGUUCUGGAGAUGGUCAUUGAAAGUGGUCUGUAUUGGAUUGAUGGUUCUUUGUAAUGUGUUUGUAUGGACAUUUUUUGUGAAAGCCCUUCAUCAGCGAGGCGGAUCGAUUGUAGCCACAGUGACCAGCACAGCAACCAAUUAUUGUUGUUCGGCGGUUAUCGGCAGCUGGAUUUUUGGCGAGACAGUAUCAAGUCUUUGGUGGCUCGGCACAGCAUUCGUUAUCACUGGACUCGUUUUUGUUUCACUAGGAAGCAAUGAUACCAACGAUACAAAUGAAUCAAAUCUUAAUACGAAAAAAGAUGAAUAGAUGGGUGAUGAAAUGAUGCAAAAAAACACGAAUGAAAUGAGAGAAAAGAAUGUGCUAGUGUUCAUGUUUGAGAAACAAUGAAAUGUUCCGAUGAGCCAUUGUGUUUUUCUCUCCAUUGAUUCCACUGUCGCUGUACAGAUUCCAUAACAAGAUAAAUGUGAUAAAUAAAUUAUGAAUCAAGCUGAA